CGUGCGGCCGGUUCCCGUUCCCAUACACGCCGUACCGCAUCCAGGAGCAGUUCAUGGAGGCGCUGUACGGCGCGCUGGAGGCCGGCCGGGUCGGCAUCUUCGAGAGCCCCACGGGCACGGGAAAGUCCCUGAGCCUCAUCUGCGGGGCCCUCUCGUGGCUCCGGGACUUGGAGGAGAAGAAGCGGCAGGAGGAGGCGCGGCUCCUGGAGGGGCUGAGCCCGGCGGAGCCGGGACACGCAGGAAGCACCGACGCGGCCGGGGAACCGGACUGGGUGACGGCGUUCGUGCAGAGGAAGGAGGAGCGGGACAAGGUGGACAGGCUAAAGGAAGAGCAGAUCAGGAGGAAAAAGCGAGAAGAUCGUCUCGAGAAAAUUCGCAAUAACGUGCAGUUAAAAUAUGCAGCAAAGAGGAAGAGAUCCGAGGAGGAGGAGACAAAGCGCCUUCUUCAACUCAGCAAGGAGGCUCUGUCACAGGAAGCUGGAGCAGAUGUUCUGGACCAGCUGGAUCACAAUGAGGAGGAGCUGAUUCUUGCUGAAUAUGAGAGUGAUGAAGAAAAGAAAGUGGUAUCUGGGCUGGAAGAAGAUGAUGAUGAUUUGGAAGAGGAGCAUGUGACUAAGAUUUACUACUGCAGCCGCACUCACUCCCAGCUCUCUCAGUUUGUGCGCGAGGUGCAGAAAAGUCCUUUUGGCAAAGACACGCGUCUGGUCUCCCUGGGAUCCAGGCAGAACCUCUGUGUGAAUGAGGAGGUGCGACGCUUGGGUGCUCUCCAGCUCAUCAACGACCGCUGCAUGGAGAUGCAAAAGAACAAACAUGAAAAGAAGAGCGAUGAAGAGAAUGAAGGGAAGAAGAGACGUGUGAGCCGUGCCGUGUGCCCAUUUUAUUCCUAUGAACAAAUGCAGUUUCUCCGCGAUGAAGUUCUAGUGGAAGUGAAGGAUAUUGAGCAGUUGGUGUCUUUGGGAAGGGAAACCAAAGCCUGCCCAUACUAUGGGAGUCGAUAUGCCAUUCCUGCUGCUCAGUUGGUGGUGCUGCCUUACCAGAUGCUCUUGCAUGAGCCUACCAGAAGCGCUGCUGGGAUCAAGCUGAAGGACCAGGUCGUAAUCAUUGACGAGGCCCACAACCUCAUAGACACCAUCACCUGUAUCCACAGUGCGGAGGUCAGCGGCUCUCAGCUUUGCUGUGCCCACUCCCAGCUGUCCCAGUACAUGGAGCGAUACAGGAAACGUUUGAAGGCAAAGAACUUGAUGUACAUUAAGCAGAUCCUGUAUUUACUGGAGCGGUUUGUGGCCAUGCUGGGAGGUAAUGUGAAUCAGAAUCCUGGCUGUCAGACAGUUUCCCAAACAGUUUUUUCUCCUUUUCCCCCUUUUCUUUCAGGGACAGUGCUAAAAUCCAUCAAUGACUUUCUAUUUCAAAGCCAGAUUGACAAUAUAAACCUCUUCAAGGUUCAGCGUUACUGUGAGAAGAGCCUCAUCAGCAGGAAGCUUUUUGGGUUUGUGGAGCGAUAUGGAGGCCCUGCCGCAGCUGUGAAAAACAACAAGGAGAACCAGAAGAUGGCUGGUUUGCAGAACUUUCUCCUGACCCUUCAGCAGGGAUCUGAUAAGGAGGCAGGUACCCCCCAGAGCCCUCCUGUGGAGGGUGAGAACGACCAGCUCCGAGCUGCCUCUCCACUGAUGCAGAUUGAAGGAUUUCUGUCAGCCCUCACAAAUGCAAACCAAGAUGGCAGAGUCAUUCUCAACAGACAAGGCACAGUUGGUCAGAGCAGUCUCAAAUUCCUCCUGCUGAAUCCAGCUGUCCACUUUGCCAAGGUGGUGGAAGAAUGCCGUGCUGUAAUCAUUGCUGGAGGCACCAUGCAGCCGGUGGCUGAUUUCCGAGAGCAGCUGCUGUCCUGUGCUGGUGUGGACCCUGCACGUGUCGUGGAGUUCUCUUGUGGACAUGUGAUUCCUCCAGAAAACAUCUUACCCAUAAUCCUCUGCAAUGGUCCUUCCAACCAGCAGCUGGAAUUCACCUACCAGACAAGAGACCUGCCCCAGAUGAUGGAUGAGACAGGUCGGAUCCUCUGCAACCUGUGCAACGUGAUUCCAGGAGGUGUGGUGUGCUUCUUCCCCUCCUAUGAAUAUGAGAAGCAGGUGUAUGCACACUGGGAGAAGACAGGGCUGCUCACCCGCCUGGCAACUAAGAAGAAGAUCUUUCAGGAGCCUAAGAAAGCCAACCAGGUGGAGCAGGUGCUGGUGGAAUAUGCCAAGUGCAUAAAGCGCUGCAGCCAGGCAGGAGGACAGAUGACAGGGGCCCUGCUGCUUUCUGUAGUUGGAGGCAAAAUGAGUGAAGGGAUCAACUUCUCUGAUGACCUGGGAAGGUGUGUGAUCAUGGUGGGAAUGCCUUACCCCAACAUUAAAUCUCCAGAGCUUCAGGAAAAAAUGGCUUGGCUUGACAAAACAAUGCCCAGAGCUGCUGGCCAGGCACCUAGCAGAGUGCUGAUUGAAAACCUGUGCAUGAAGGCAGUAAACCAGUCGAUAGGCAGAGCCAUCCGGCACCAGAAGGACUUUGCGAGCAUCCUGCUCCUGGACCACAGAUAUGCACGCCCUGCCAUCUUUAACAAACUGCCACAGUGGAUCAGGGAGAGAACCCAGGUGAAACCUGCCUUUGGAUCAGCAUUUGCAGAAUUAAGAAAGUUCCAUCGAGGGAAGUUGGAUGCUUUGUGACGUGGCCCAGAGAACAGACGGUAUUCACCUCUGUGAGUUACACCUCUGAAAAAUGGGUGAAGCAACACAAUCUGCUUUUGUAUACCAUGGACUUUGUAAAUCUCUGCAUUCUGCCUCCUUUGUGGAUGUUUGCUGUUCAGUAUCUGAGCAUUAUGAUGGUGAGACAGCCUUCAGCACCAUAACCGUGAGGGAAACUGGUUGUAGGUCUGAGGCAGGUGAAGGUAGUAGCAGCAGGCUUCUAUUUGUUUACAGCUGUUAAGGUUUUAUUUAAAUUGAUUAAAUACUUUCAAAACAUUAAGUAUGGGGAGUAUAAUUAUUUUAACUGAAUACAUCUGUUUUUUCCCAUCAACC